AUGACCAAUUACAACACCAUUGCUGAUGGCAACGCUUCUUCCUCGACAAGUGGAAGCGCUGACGAGAUGAACCGAUCACGUCGAAAAGCCCGAGAGGGAGGCGGCCAGGCCUCGAUGCUGAGCAGUAUCAUCAACCUACUCAAUACCAUUGUCGGCGCAGGUACAUUGGCUAUGCCAUCCGUCUUGUCGCAUAUGGGCAUUGUGCUCGGCUCUCUGAUGAUCGUCUGGUCUGGGUUGACAGCUGCCAUGGGCCUUUACCUUCAAGGUCGUUGUGCACGAUACCUCGAUCGGGGCAGCUCAUCCUUCUUUGCCAUAUCGAAGCUCACAUACCCGAAUGCGGCAGUGCUCUUCGAUGCCGCCAUCGCCGUCAAGUGCUUCGGUGUAGGCGUUUCAUACAUGAUCAUCAUUGGUGAUCUGAUGCCCAAAGUCAUUCUCGGAUUCAAUAGCAACACCCCAGAACUCCAUCCCUACCUGACAGAUCGCAAUUUUUGGAUUACGGCUUUCAUGUUUUUGGUCAUACCAUUGGCCUUCCUCCGGAGACUGGACUCGCUGAAGUACACAAGUAUUGUCGCGCUGGUCUCGAUUGGGUACCUUGUCAUCCUUGUGGUUUACCAUUUCGGAGCCCAGCCUCUUCAAGACAAGAGUGGACUUCGAGUCGUCAAACCGCAGAGUGCUGUUGCCUUUCUGAGCACCUUGCCGGUGGUGGUUUUUGCUUACACCUGUCAUCAAAACAUGUUUUCGAUCCUCAACGAGAUUAAGGAUAACUCGCCCUCAAGUGUUGUAGGAGUCGUUGGCUUCAGCAUUGGCGGUGCUGCCAGCAUGUAUCUGCUUGUGGCGAUCACUGGCUAUCUUACUUUUGGCAACGACGUCAACGGCAACAUUGUCUCUAUGUACGCCCCCUCCAUUGCAACAUUCAUCGGCCAGAUUGGCAUUGUCAUUCUCGUCACCUUUAGUAUCCCCCUUCAGGUCCACCCGUGUCGCGCCUCGCUCGACGCAGUGCUGAAGUGGCGGCCCAACCGAGCACACACUGGCAAUGGUCGCUCCAAUUCUCCUGUCGGGGGACGUUCGGAUCAUGCCGUGGCCCCCAUGAGCGACCUUCGCUUUGCUGUUCUGACCACUCUGAUUCUCGUCUUUGGCUACCUGGUUGCGCUCUCAGUGACGAGCUUGGAGCGUGUCCUUGCAUACGUAGGCAGCAUUGGCUCGACUUCGAUCAGCUUUAUUCUUCCAGGUUUGUUUUACUACAAAAUUAGCGACCCUGAAAGCGUACACCACCAGAAACUUCUCAAGGAGGACGACGACGCGGCCGAACUUCAUGAAGACUCGGAUAUCGAGGACAGCGCGGCCAUGGUGACCAGUAUUCAGAGUCUUGGCAGCGCUGCAAGCGUCGCGAUCGACCCACGAAAGUGGCGGAAGAAGUGGCGAUGGGACCUUGAGCACCUGGAACAUGACCUCCUACGCAAGGUGGGCUUAGCGCUGGCGAUCUAUGGCAUAUGUGUCAUGACCGUCUGUCUCGUUAUGAACAUUGUGUUCCACACUUCGCACUGA